GAAGACGCAACUCUCGCGAUAUGUUACUUGACGCGGGAUAACUUCCAUCUGUUUGAAUCAUCAACGGAUAACUCUUAACUGAGGGUUUUCAUACAAGCCGUGGGUAGCUAAAGAUAGUCAUUUUAACCUACUUCGAACUAUCGUCAACAUGGAUCCAACCGAAGACCUGUCUGCUCGCGUCUUGCUGAAACACAUCCUGACGACCGAGCCUGUGCGAACCCCGAUCACCCGCAGUGCCUCGAAGGCUCAGGGAAAUGCAGUCAAACAUCAGCCCCAGUCGAGCAGCAAGUCCAGGGUCAAAGCUGCGACUCCAAGAACUCCUCAGGACAUCUUGAGGCGCAGCAUGAGAGAUAACAUUCACAAGAGUAUAUCGAGAACAUCCCUGCCAGCGUCUAAAAAGAAAGCUGCAUUCGGCCAUGAUGGAAGAGGAAACUCACCCGAGUCUGCUUCCGUCACCUUCACUUAUGAAGGAACACCCAGAGAUAUCCUCAAGAACAUCCUCCACACUGAACCUGCAAAGUCACCAGUGGUACAUGAGAAGACUCCUGAACCUGAACCUAAUGCACCACAAUCAGUUAGAAGAACGUCCAGCCGACGUUCCAGUACUGAGCUCUCUGGACUGGACCUGGGUGAUGUCACUGCUGGGAACUUCAUGAGCCCUGCCAAAGGACUCAGUAGAAAGAGACAACGGAGAAGCCUCAAUGUUACUGCUUUUGAAAAGCGGCUGAGGACAUCGGAGGUGGUCGAGGAGCCAGAACAGCCAGCAGAGGACCUGUCUUCACUGUCUCUUUCAAGCACUUCACUGAGUCUAAAAACGCCUUUUGCACAAAUUCACACUGAAAAAAGAGGUUUGCAACGGAGAGCUUCAAAUCGUAAAAAGAUCACAGAGCAAGAAUUUGAUGAAGCCGUAAAGCAACGACAACUAGGAGGGCACGGAACAGACACCACUGUCAGUGGAAAAAGCUCCUUUCAUGGAUUAUGCCUCAGGGAUCAAAGUGACAUGCAAGUCACUCACGACAUUAUCAACUGCAACACAGCUCUCUACUCUCAUGAUGAUCAUGCAAUACCAUCAAACCUUUCCAUCGUUGCGACGCAGGACAAGCCCACCGUGAUGGCCUCUCAACUGAGUAGAGAUUUGGGGGAAGAGCAAGGUUACAUGGAGGAAGUCAAUGUCAGGUCUCAGUCAGAAGAGGAGAUUGAAGUCAGGUCUCAGUCAGAAGAGGAGGUUGAAGUCAGGUCUCAGUCCGAAGAGGACGUCAACGGCAAGUCUCAGUCUGAAGAGGACGUCGACGGCAGGUCUCAGUCAGAAGAGGAGGUCGACGGCAGGUCUCAGUCAGAAGAGGAGGUCGACGCCAGGUCUCAGUCAGAAGAGGAGGUCGACGCCAGGUCUCAGUCUGAAGUGGACGUCGACGCCAGGUCUCAGUCUGAAGUGGACGUCGACGCCAGGUCUCAGUCCGAAGUGGACGUCGACGCCAGGUCUCAGUCCGAAGUGGACGUCGACGCCAGGUCUCAGUCCGAAGAGGAUGUUGACGGCAAGUCUCAGUCCGAAGAGGAUGUUGAUGGCAGAUCUCAGUUCGAAGAGGAGGUUGACACCAGAUCUCAGUCUGAGGAGGAAGUUAUACAACCUGGAGAAGAAGAAGAAGAAGAAGAAGAAGAAGAGGAGGGAGUGGCUAAUUCUGAUGGUGUUCAACCUGAUGAAGAUGGAGCAACUGCUUACUCUCAGACUGAAGAUGAGGAAGGUGCUGCCUCAGAAGGACCUGGUGAACAAGAAGAGUGGGGUGAAGAAAGUGGCCCAGAAGACAUCCCUAUGGAGACGCCAGCAUUUGUUCGCCAGAAAAGAAGAGUUGCAUUUCCUAACCCAGCACCUGUAGCAGUUAAUGCUCAGGCAGAACCUUCCAGUGAAAAAAGACAUUCCAAUCCUCCAAAACCAAAAGUGAGGCAGAAAAAGCCGGCAGCUCCUAAGAAGCGAACAAGUCUCCCCAAGAGUUAUCUAAUGGCCACUUUUAAACACUUUGCCAAAACCCGGGUCUCCGGUGAUGUCUACCCUGUUCUCUCAGAGAUAAUGGAGCAAUUCUUUGAUCGGCUGAUGGAGGAUGUGGAAACAUAUGCUGCACAUGCAAAGAGAAAAACCAUCGAAGUGGAGGAUGUUGUGCUAUUGUUGAAAAGGCAGGGGCAUGUGAACGACAAGGUGCCAGUAGAAGUGCUCAUUGAGAAGUAUCUUCGCAUGCAGCAGCGCAAGCUUCUCAUCCCCAUUGCCACAAGCGGAAAUGUUGUUGUCCCUAAAAGUCGCCGGUGGUAAAUAUGUCAUAUUUUGCACAGAUGACGAGUUUAUGUACAUAAAUAAAUAAAUAGACAUUGCUUUUUUUCUUUAAUUUGCUGUGUUACUUUGAAGUAUAUCAUUGGCUUGUAUUAUGUGCUGUCUUUGUGUUGUCCUGCAUCAUGUUCAAUAAAAACCAGUAAAUAGAAAAACAAGUUCCAUACUGUACAUUAUGACCUUUAAGGGUUUGGCCCUGUUAUUCUCUGUCAGUUGUCUGUUUAGACACAAGCAAUAAAAUAUUUCUGACUGUGCCCUGCCUCCAGUGCGAUUAAGGGUCCAGAAGAGCAACUCAUUCAUUUGUAAAUGCAGGUGAUCUAAUCUAAUCACCUUUUGUCUGUUCUGUCUCCUUUGUACGCCUUUAACAACUGGGCUGUAGAUGGC